AUGGCUGAGGCUAUCAAGCAGGUUUUUGCUAAGAAGCGGGAGGAGGACCAGCCCGUGUUCGUGACCUUCCUCACGGCUGGCUACCCCACUCCCGAUGUCACUGUCGACGCUCUCCUUGCCCUCGAGGCCGGUGGUGCCGACAUCAUCGAGCUCGGUGUCCCCUUCUCGGACCCCAUGGCCGAUGGUGCCGUCAUCCAGAAGGCGAACAACAUCGCCAUCGAGCACGGUGUCGGUUACACGCAGUGUCUCGAGUACGUCAAGGAGGCCAGGAAGAGGGGCUACUACAACUCCUUCCUUGCUCACGGUGAGGAGAGGGCUGUCCGCGAGGCCAAGGAGGCUGGUGCCAACGGCUACAUCGUUGUUGACCUACCGCCUGAGGAGGCCCUCAAGUUCCGCAACGUCUGCAAGGACACUGGCAUGAGUUACGUUCCGCUCGUCGCCCCCAGCACCUCGCUGGAGCGCCUCAAGUUCCUCUCCACCAUUGCCGACUCUUUCAUUUACGUCGUCUCCAAGAUGGCCGUCACUGGCUCGUCCUCUGGCUCCAAGAUGAACGACGCUCUCCCCGACCUCAUCGCCAGCGUCCAGGCUGUCACUCCCGUCCCGCUCGCUGUUGGCUUCGGUGUCAGCACCCGUGACCACUUCAACUUCGUCACGGACGCCGGUGCCGACGGCGUCGUCAUCGGAUCCAAGAUUCUGCAGGUCAUCGAGCAGGCUCCCCAGGACCAGAUUCCGAAGGCUAUUGAGGAUUACGCUCGCUCGAUCUCGCUCAAGGGACAGAACCCGAAGCCGCUUGGUCGCAAGAACAAGCCCGAGGACGCUGCCGGCAAGCCGGAGCCUGCCAUGCCGAUCCCGCCUUCGGACCUGAAGGAGAGCCAGAAGGAGUACGGUGUCAAGGCUGGCGAGCGCCUGCCCAGCAAGUUUGGUGCUUUCGGUGGUGCCUACGUUCCGGAGUCGCUCACGACGUGUCUCGACGAGCUGGAGGACGCCUACAUUAAGGCUAGCAACGACCCGUCGUUCUGGAAGGAGUUUGAGGACAUGUUCGAGUACAUCGGACGGCCAUCGUCGCUCUACUACGCUGAGCGCCUCACGGAGAAGAUGGGCGGAGCCAAGAUCUGGCUGAAGCGCGAGGACCUGAACCACACUGGUUCGCACAAGCUGAACAACGCUAUCGGUCAGAUCCUCCUCGCCAAGCGCCUCGGCAAGAAGCGCAUCAUCGCCGAGACCGGAGCCGGCCAGCACGGUGUUGCUACGGCUACCGUGUGUGCCAAGUUUGGCAUGGAGUGCGUCGUCUUCAUGGGUGCCGAGGACGUCCGUCGCCAGGAGAUGAACGUGUUCCGUAUGAAGAUGCUUGGCGCCACCGUUGUCCCGGUCACGAGCGGAUCUCAGACGCUCAAGGACGCUGUCAACGAGGCCAUGCGCGAGUGGAUCACGCGCCUCGACACGACCCACUACCUGAUCGGCUCUGCCAUUGGCCCCCAUCCCUUCCCGACGAUUGUCCGUGACUUCCAGCGCGUCAUCGGUCGUGAGAUCAAGCAGCAGUGCGCUGAGAAGUUCGGUGCUCUCCCGGACGCUGUCGUCGCGUGCGUCGGUGGUGGAUCCAACGCCAUCGGAACCUUCUACGACUUCAUUCCCGACGAGAGCGUGCGCCUCCUCGGUGUCGAGGCCGGCGGCAACGGUGUCAACACGACGCUCCACUCCGCCACGCUCGCCAAGGGUGUCCCAGGUGUCGUGCACGGCGCUGCCUCGUACAUCAUUCAGGACGCCGGUGGCCAGCUCGUCCCGACGCACUCGAUCUCGGCCGGUCUCGACUACAACUCUGUCGGCCCCGAGCACGCGUACCUGAAGGACCUCGGCCGUGCCGAGUACAUCGCCGCCGACGACGUUCAGUGUCUCACCGCGUUCCGCAUCUGUACGCAGUCUGAGGGUAUCAUCCCUGCCCUUGAGUCGUCUCACGCGCUCUGGGGCGGCUUCGAGCUCGACCAAGACCCUCCCGAAGGACAAGAAUGUUGUCAUCUGUCUCUCGGGCAACGGCGCCAAGGACGUCGAGGAGGUCCUCCUCACGCUGAAGAAGAAGGAGUGGGCCGACAAGCUCGACUGGCACAUUGCCAACUAAGCUCCCAGCCGCAGCCCGAGGGCCCGAGACUGGUCGAGCGUAGUAGUAGUUCUGUAAGCGGCAUCUUGACGGAGAGGAGUAGUAGCAGAUAA